UCACACAGUUCGAAGCUGAUAGGGAAGAAUAAGGAAAUUUUGAGGUUACUGGUAAUCGAGGCAGUCGAGCAGAGGGAGGUAUGACUGUGGCAGAAAUCUUGCUGUAUUCCACGUUGGCGGCAGUUUUAACGCUCCCAGUUUUUGGAAAGCUAUCUUCACCCCAGAAUGUGAAAAUGCAAUCCAUCAAUUUUAAGAAUGUACUCAAAUGGAGCCCAGUUACUUAUCGCAAAGGAGACAUUCAUUAUUCAGUCGAAUAUCAAAGCUACUACAACAAUCAAUAUAAUCGAAAGAAUCUUGAAAAAGCCUGUACAAACAUCAACGUCACAGAAUGUGACUUGUCUAAUGAACUGGCCAUCGGGGUUGGUUAUUACCUGCGUGUGAGAGCUGAAUACAAAGAUGAGACAUCUGACUGGACCAAUGCCAUAGAGUUUGAACCUUCUCGUGACACUGAAAUCGGACCUCCUUUGGCAGUGACUGUGAGGCCAAGAUUGGAUAUGCUCGAUGUCUACAUCUCUGAACCUGUAAAUGAAAAUGACAAUAAAUCUAUGCAUGAAUAUUUUCAGGACUUGGGUUAUGAAGUUUUUUACUGGGAAGCUACAGAGAAAAAUAAGAGUGAAAGAACUUACAUCCAGCAGAACACGAUAACCCUCACCAAUCUGAAACCUUGGACCACCUACUGCUUGAAAGUUAAACCCUUUGUGAAUAACCGAAUAACUCAAUCGAGUUCAAUUACCUGUGAAACUACAAUGGAUAAUGGUAGAAUUGCAGAUUGGAAGAUUGUUGUGAUUUUUCUUGCAUCACUUUGUGUUGUCUUUCUUGUGAUCAUUGGCAUUUUCUAUGCAUCACUUCAUGGAUACAGAAUCAUCAGAUAUAUUUUCUUUCCUUCGUACAAACUUCCUGAACACAUAAAACAGUUCCUGAAAGAACCUUGGAUGAAUUCUCCAUUCCUGCCACCUCAGACUAACAAUCUGCCUGAAGAACCUUUUGACAAAUUAUUUUUUUUUUCAAAUUUACAAGAAUGCCUUAACGAUACUGAUAUUGACAUUCCUACAAAACUGGAUAUGCUUCAGAUGUACACCUUAAAGAAAGAAAGUGAAGAUGAAGAGAAACAGGCACAACAUAAUAACACUAAUUUUUAUGCAAGAGUGCAAACACUACCAAAGAGUUCUGUGUGAGCAAGACAAUGCCAGAGAACUAUCUGGGGGAGAUGGCAUGAAUAUGUUGUUGUCCAUUGCCAGCAAUAUCAGAAGUAAAUACCUGUAGUAUGAAACUCCAAUUCAAAUAAAACCAGGGAGUGGUAUUAUUUUAAACAAGAUUUUGAGAGGGUUUUUGGUGAUUUUUUUUUGCAGCUGUUAAACUUCCCUCCUUUAUCAAGGGAUAUUUACUGUUAUGAAUAUUAACUGGGAUUUAAAUUUAUUUUAAUAAAGUCAGAAACUUUCAAAAGUCAAAAGGAAAAAUAUGAGCAAAAUGAAUAUAUUGCAAUUCUUUACCUGUACGAUGUUUCUAUCAAUUAUUCCAUUACAAGUUAAGUCUAUUUAACCUGAUUCACGAUGUAAACUUGACUUACUAUAAGUAUAAACACAAGAGAUUCUGAAGUUGCUGUAAAUCCAGAGCAACACACACAAAAUGCUGGAGGAACUCAGCAGGUCCGGCAAUUACUAUGGAGAGGAAUAAAGAGUCGGUGUUUAGGGUCAAGACCCUUCAUCAGGACCUAUAAAUAUCUCUUAAAACAAAUGGCAACACUACAAGCCAUAAAAUGCAAUGGCAGUGCAAUAAGUUGAUACAGGAAGUUUUACUUUUUCAGAGGUGUGAGGCAUAAAUUUAUUAUGGAAAAGAAGAUUAAGAAUAGAUUAGGGAUUUUAAAUUUAUAAAAUAAGUACCCAUAGGUUAAAAUGCAGAAGGAUUUCAGUCAAACUUGCUGUUUACCCAUUUGUUACUGUAAGUGAAGAUUCUGGAGAACGUUUAUUUUCUUUGUUUUGCUAUCCUUUUAUUCAAUUUUCUACAUCCAAUAAUUCAAGCUGGAAUAUUAACUGUCUACCCCAGUAGAUGAAUUCCACAUCUGUUCGCACAUAACAGUUUUUCUUGCUCUCUGAACUCAUUUUUGUCACUUUUUAUAUUGUACCUACAUCACUUACCUCACCUACUGGAAAUUGUUUGCACUUUUUUGUUCUUGUUAAAUAAAAAUUGUCAGU